UCAAGCCGCAUCCAUUUCCUGUUAGCUACCAGAGCUUUCAUCUACCACAUUUACCAAGCAACUUAUUACUUCUUCGGUAUAUUUUCUCAGUCUGUAGCACUUUUCACCUUCAACUAGUCGCAAAUAUGGCAGAGGCGAUUCAAAAGAAACUGAAAGCGGAAGUAGAAAAAUACUCGCAAAUGCAGAAAGAUGUUAGUAAGAGCAUGGCAUCCAGACAGAAGCUGGAGACGCAGCUCACAGAGAACAACAUUGUCAAAGAGGAGAUGGAUCUACUGGACAGCACCAACACAGUUUAUAAGCUUAUUGGUCCAGUUUUAGUGAAACAAGACCUGGAUGAGGCCAAAGCUACAGUUGCAAAAAGGCUGGAGUAUAUUAACGGAGAGAUUCAAAGGUAUGAGACGCUCCUGAAAGAAAUGGAAAAGAAAUCGGACCAGCACCGAGAAGUCUUGUCCAGUUUACAGCAGGAGUUUCAGAAAGCUCAGGGCCUCGCUGUAGGAAAAGUCUGAUCAAGUGAUGAUGCUGCACGCAUGCUCUAACACAUAGACACAGAAAACUCGAAGGAGUUUAGUUGGUAUCAUUCUAUGAUAUAAAUCUACAGCAUCAUGCCAGUAAAUGCUGCUUGUAUCUUGUCAUUCAUUUGCAGCUUUAUUACUGUGACUUUUCUCUUGUAACUAAUAAAUGUGUUUUUCACCAAACGUU